AUGCCAAAUCCAAGGAAACCUCAAGUGGAAACGAGAUCUGUCCUGAAGGUUUUGAUCUUAGGAGAUGGAGGUGUUGGAAAGACUUGCAUUAUGGGGCGCUUCAUCAAUGACCAAUUUGAAGAUAAUUCAUUCCAUACCAUUGGAGUAGAAUUUCUUAAUAAAGAUUUUGCUCUGACUGGGAAAAACUAUACAUUGCAGAUUUGGGAUACUGCAGGACAAGAAAGGUUUAAAUCGCUACGAACACCUUUUUACAGGGGUACCGACAUUUGCCUUCUUGUAUUUGCUCUUGAUGACAAAUCAAGCUUUAGCAAUCUGUCUUUGUGGCGGCAGGAAUUUCUUCACUAUGCUGAUAUUCAGGAUCCUCAAGACUAUCCUUUUAUUAUUGUUGGAAAUAAAGUUGACCUUGGUGCUGCCUCUCGAACAGUCCAUGCAGAAGAAAUCAAACAGUGGUGUAGCUACCAUGGAAAUCCACCGUACUAUGAGACCAGUGCAAAAACUGAUGUUAACAUAGGUGAAGUGUUCAAAGAGUCUGUACAACAAUGGAUCAAGAGGGAAAGUGAUUUAGACCUGAAUUUCAAAGCUGCUGGAAACACGCUUUACUUAACGCCGGAAUCUCAAGGAAAUUCGAAGAACCGGCGCUAUUGCUGUUGACAUUGCUAUUUCUUUUUCAAAUCGUAUUUUUUCAUGUGCCUUCGGUUUAUAAAGCUAUCGUUCCAUAUAUAACCCAAUGUUUAAGCUGUGUGUUCCUAUACAACGGAUGGUAUGGUAA